AUGGCCUCACGUCUCACUUUUCUGCAGUCUGCGACAAAGUUCCACGCUCAUCGACCUCAUCGCACAAGGCUGCAAGUUGACAUGUCCCAGACUUCCAAGUUUGUCAAGAAGUUGGCAUCCAAUGAUCGCGCCACGCGUGAAGCCACGUUCAAGGCGCUCUCGAAAUAUCUCUCUUCGCGUAACGCGGCAAAGUUAGAUACGUUGGAAAUGGAAAAAUUAUGGAAAGGGCUCUAUUUUUCAAUGUGGUUUUGUGACCGUCCUGGCCCCCAACAACGAUUGGCAGAAAACCUUGGGCUGUUGUACUCAAGCCAUAUUCCAGCUUCUGCGUUUCCGAGAUUCGUAGAGGCGUUUUGGGUGAUUAUGAUUCGAGAAUGGCCCACCAUUGACCAGUGGAGAAUCGACAAAUACUAUCUUCUCAUCAGACGAGUUGUACGGCACUGUUUCCGCCAGCUCAAACAGCAGAAUUGGGACUCAAAGUUGGUGCAAGGCUACUUGGAAGCUUUGGAAAAGCACCCUUUGAGUGGAAACCAAUCUGUAGGAACUGCAUUGCCAUACCAUCUAUGUGAUAUAUGGAUGGAUGAAUUGGAAAGGGUGGUAUUCGAGAAAGAUGACGAGGAAAAUGAAGAACAAGAUGAAGAACAAGAUGACGAAAAUGUGCUCGAAAAGCUCGAAAAUGUGCCGGUAGACACCCUUGUAGAGCCAUUUGCAAAAUUGAGUAAAUCCGCUGCGCUUAAAACAUUAAGAGAAAAAUGCAAAGCCGAAGUGCUUGAAGAUAAAAGGUACCAAAAAUGGCUGACGCAGAACGACGAUGAGGAAGAAGAAGACGUAGACGAGGAGGAGUGGAAGGGAUUCUGA